AUGACGGGAAACCAUGGAGUUGUGACGAUCGUCGCGAUCAUCGUGGCCACCGUCAAUGGACGGGUUUACUACACGCAGAAUACGGACGGGAAUCGAUACGGCGUCCUGACUUACCCCGUUCCGAACGAACAAUCUUCCCGUGAUCUAGAUCUCAGCUUCUCCGCCGGUGACGCGAACGAAAUCGACGACACGAUACGCCCGGUUAAAAAGGUGUACACGCUGGCCAACCUGGAAAAGCCGUUCGCUGAGGUGAACAGGGAUGAGGCGCCGAUCGCCCGUUACCGAUUGGUCGAGGCACCUGUUAAGAGACUGGCUGGUUCGGACGACGUGAUUGUUCUACCGGAACAGAGCCGGAAAACGGUGAAAAUCGACGGGAAUAACAAGGGAGAAGUGAUCCUGGAGCUUCGUGUGAUCGCUAAUCACGACAGUACUUAAAAAAAUCCUACGAAACGAUGCUAAUACCGAUGGUAUUUUCGUGCGUAUAACCUUAUU